CUCCUGCCUCUGGGAUGAAGGUCCCAAGACAAAAUCCGAGGAAUGGGUCCUCUUUCCAGGCCCACCGAAAAUUCAGUUAACUCAGACCGGGGAAGAAAUGAGGCUCCAAAGGCGGAGACGGGAGAGACGCUGGUGGAGCCGGAAGGGGAGAGGUUCCCGCACGCUGCGCAGAAACACCGCCCUCUUACGUCACUUCCGUAAACAAAGGCCUCUGCGGAGGCGCGGGGUCCGGGAUGUGACACUGACUCCGGCUACUGCAGUAGCAUCGGUGACUGCGGCUGAGGCUGCGGCUGAGGCUUCGGAGGGCCUGGGGUCUUUGCAGAUUAAGGAAGAAGACCCUCACCCCCUUCCUCCUCAGGUCAUAAGAAGCUCGUCUUGGAGCAAUAAAGAUUGUAAAACUAUGGAAGAGCGAAAAGUAAAAAGGAGGAGUCCUAAGUCCUUUAGUGCCCAUUCUACUCAGGUUGUUAAUGCCAAAAAAAAUGCCAUUCCCGUUAGUAAAAGCACUGGCUUUUCAAAUCCUGCAUCACAGUCAACUUCACAGCGACCAAAGUUAAAAAGAGUGAUGAAAGAAAAGACCAGAUCCCAGGGGGGAGAAGGAAAAGCUGCUCAAUCAACUCCAAUUCAGCACUCCUUUCUCACCGAUGUCUCAGAUGUCCAGGAAAUGGAGAGAGGGCUUCUGAGCCUUUUGAAUGACUUUCACUCUGGGAAACUUCAAGCAUUUGGAAAUGAAUGUUCCAUUGAACAGAUGGAACAUGUUCGUGGAAUGCAGGAGAAAUUAGCCCGCUUGAAUUUGGAGCUUUAUGGAGAGUUAGAGGAACUUCCUGAGGAAAAGAGAAAAACAGCCAGUGACUCCAAUCUGGAUAGGCUUCUGUCUGAUUUAGAAGAAUUGAAUUCUUCCAUACAAAAACUCCAUUUGGCAGAUGCACAAGAUGUGCCAAAUACUUCUACCAGCUAAAAUGAAAUUCAAUUGCUUUCUUGUGAGUUGAAGUGCAGCAGCAUUCUUCACAUUUCCAGCUGAAUCCAGUAGCAGAAUCAUCUUCCACAAUAUGGAAUUAAAGUAAUUAAAGUGCAAGUGCAAUGAUUGUUUCCACAUAUUGCUUUCAGUAAUUUGACUUGCUGUAAUUCACCAUAACUGGUCUGGGCCUGUUGAAGGUUUAAUCAGGAAAUGUGACACAGAGGUUGUGCUGCUAUGCUUUAUAUUGUUGCCUUAUGGGGUUAUACUUGAAAUGUAUUGUGCUAAAUGUCAUUGAUGGGCUGAAGGGUUUACCCUUCGUGAGCUCACCAAACUGACUCUCGUGUUGAUCAUAAGUUGAUGCUGCACAGGCUUUUUGUGGCAGCCAGCUUCAGUUUACGUUUAAUAAUCAGUACACACAUCGGCGUGUGUUCCAGUGGCCAGUGACAACAAAUGUUGAAUGAGUAUUUGUGAAAUUCACUAUUUUUAAUAAAAUGAUUGUUUUAAAUUAA